CGGCCCGGGCCUGGGGCCGGGCCCGGCUCCCGCCCGAGGCCGCCGCGGCCCAGCGCGGUGCUGCUGCUGCUGCCGCCGGCACGGGGGGGCCCUGCCCUUUCUGGAGGCCCUUUCUGGGCGAUGGGAAAACACCGUCUGUGUGUCUUUACACGUGAGCCGUUAACCCUUAUCCAUGCCUACAGCCGUGAGGAAUGUGUGUCUGUAGUGGGCAGGCAGCUUACAGGGACUGUUUCUCUGCGGAGAAUGGAGUCUGCAAACGAGCGAUCUCAGAAGGGUACAGAAAUCAAGUGGAUUAUGUUCUGUGCUUUCAGACCAAAGGCUAAGUCUUGAAAACAUGAUUCCUGCAACUGUUCACACUGUCCUGAGUGCUCUGUAUUUAUGCUGCCACAGAAAGAACUGGUUACACUCGGAGGAGAAACACAAGAAACACUAAGGACUGAAAUGCGCUUGCAGUUAAAGUAUCCUCAUCAUGAAUAGGUACACAACUAUCAGACAGCUUGGUGAUGGGACCUACGGCUCUGUCCUCCUAGGGAGAAGCAUUGAAUCUGGGGAGCUAAUAGCCAUUAAAAAAAUGAAGAGAAAGUUUUAUUCCUGGGAGGAAUGCAUGAACCUUCGAGAAGUUAAGUCUUUGAAGAAACUAAACCAUGCCAAUGUAGUAAAGCUGAAAGAAGUUAUCAGGGAAAAUGAUCACCUGUAUUUUGUGUUUGAAUACAUGAAGGAAAAUCUUUAUCAGUUAAUGAAAGAAAGAAACAAACUGUUUCCUGAGUCUACAGUUAGGAAUAUUAUGUAUCAGAUCCUGCAGGGACUUGCAUUUAUCCAUAAACAUGGGUUCUUUCACAGAGACUUGAAACCCGAAAACCUCCUGUGCAUGGGACCAGAACUUGUGAAAAUAGCAGACUUUGGCUUAGCCCGAGAAAUCCGAUCUAGACCUCCUUACACCGAUUACGUAUCCACGAGAUGGUACAGGGCUCCUGAAGUCCUACUGAGAUCCACCAGCUAUAGUUCUCCAAUAGAUAUUUGGGCUGUUGGUUGUAUAAUGGCAGAAGUUUACACGCUGAGGCCUCUCUUCCCAGGUGCCAGUGAAAUUGAUACUAUAUUCAAAAUUUGCCAGGUGUUGGGGACACCAAAGAAGAAUGACUGGCCUGAAGGCUACCAACUUUCAUCCUCCAUGAAUUUUCGCUGGCCUCAGUGUGUACCUAACAACCUGAAAACCCUCAUACCUAACGCUAGCAGCGAAGCAGUGCAGCUUAUGAGAGACAUGCUGCAGUGGGACCCCAAAAAGCGGCCAACAGCUAGCCAGGCACUCCGAUAUCCAUACUUCCAGGUUGGGCAUGCCUUGGGUGUUCAGGACCUGGCGAAACAAAAGGAACUCCAUGACAAAUCAUCUCUGCAUAUUAAGCCUGUCCCUCCACCACAACCUCCUUCAAAAUCCCAUGCACGUAUUUCUUCACGACCAUUUCAACAAAGCCAGGCUUCUCAUCACUUGGUCUAUCCGUAUAAGACAGACAACUCCGGGACUGAUCACAGUAACUAUUUACAGGAAGACAAGUCUAGCCAGGUUCUUCUUCCUGCAAUUCACAAUAAGGUUCCUCAGCAGAAAACAUCUGCUGGAACUGAGAACAUAAAUGGUGAACUUAAACCAAAAGCUAGGCGAAGAUGGGGGCAUCUUGCUAGGACAGUGAAGAGUUCUGAAGACUGGGAUGAUUUGGAAGACCUUGAUUUUGGCUCUCCUGUCACAAGAGUUGACCUGAAAAACAAAAAGAGGCAGAAUGAUGAAACUCUUUGUAGAUUUGAAAGCAUUUUGGACCUGAAGCCUUCGGAUGCUGUUGGCUCUGGCAGCAGUGCACCUUCCCACGUUACCUUCCCUCGGCAGGACACUCCCACAUUGCGAGUUUCUGCAGCAAAGCAGCACUACCUGAGACAUUCUAGGUAUCUACCUGGAGUAAACACAAGGAAUAGCUUAGUCUCCACUUCGAGCAAAGAGUCUGUUCCAUCUAAUCCCUGGCCCAGUUCUGGUUUGCCUGGGAAAGCUUCAGGUUUGGGGGGAAGUAUUAACAGGAUAAAUUCAGGUCCCAUAGGAUCAAGUGGUCUGGGUAGUGGUUAUAUCCCUUCGUUUCUGAAGAAGGAAGUAGGCUCUGCUGGGCAGAGGGUUCAGUUAGCACCAAUUGCGGAUCCAUCUUCUAAUUAUGCUUCUCCGAAGUCGGUAAGACCCCAUCCUGGACGGCCCUCAUUCAAUUCCCCAUCAAAAAGCACACCAAGGUUAAUGCCUCUCCCGCCACCAGCUCAGCCGAUCCACGGCCGCGUUGACUGGUCUGCAAAGAGACAAGUCACAAGAACGGGCUGCAGAGGCUUGGAUUCAUCCUACCUAACCACUGGUGCCUAAGCAUGAGCUGAUUCUCUAAACCAGAGGUAAGUGAGAAUCACUCUCAAGAAACUCAGCUCGCCUGAGAACUUAAUAGCCCCCUGGAUAUGCACGGGUCUCUCCCCGCUAACGAUGGGGACUACUCAGCAUGCUUAACAUGGUACACGGUGAAUCUGGACCUGGAUCUGUAAUCUCUGAACUUUUAUCAGCCCAGCCCUGCAGCGGUGAACCUGAAUAUGGCAUUCAGGUUUUAGUCAGCCCAGCAAAAGUAUUAGAAAAAUAGUAUUAAACUUUUUUUGGCACAACGCCCCCUCUCCUGAAAGAAAAAAGCCAUUAUUUUUGAGGGAAAAAAGCUAAUAAUCUUUGACAUUCAGAAUGAUUUCUAGUUUUAACUUAGUUGGAUGGAAAACUUGUGAAGUAUUAGUAUAUUGGCAGCACUCUUGUAGCCUUUACUCAAGCAGAUUCCUACAGAUGUUGGAGAAAGUUCUUUCUGAGCAAGGACUGACUUGGCUGAGCAGCAUAUCGUGCUGUGUUCUCACUGUGCAGCACAGGUGGGAAAGACGUUAGUCUGGUUGUUACACUGAAAUCUGGGCAAGCAGCAUAUCAGAAUUUAUCAUAUGUAGUCUACUACUUUGUGUCUUAACGUUUAGCAGCUUCUUUGUGCAAAAUGUUGCUCGAAUUCUGCUGUCUACUUUUUCCCUGCCUUAUGCAUAGCGUGUAAUGGCUGUUGGAAAUAAAGGAGCCUGACAGUGGAUCAUUCACCUCUGUAGUCCAGGUUUUCAUAAAAGUCUGUGUGAGUGCCAUGAUGUUAGCCAAAAAAAACCCACACCACCAAUUCCGUGGUAUUUCCAUGUCUAAUAAGGCUGUUGUUGUGAAUAGGGUCUUCCAGAAGGAGAGGAGAAUGUUUCUGAGCUUCUGUGGAAGAAGAGGGUGGAAUUGUUGAUGUGAAUACGAUCAUGAAGAAGUAAUGGUUCUUGUUCCUUCAGUGUUUUUGUUCAAAACUGUUGCAAAUGUUUUCUUUACUUCUGUGUCAAGUCUCCUGCCCAGAAUAAAGUU